AAGAAAAUUUGAAGAGAAUGAAUAUUGUCGGAUCGGAGCUUCUCUGAGUCAUUUCCCUCCUAAUCAUUCGGAGGGAUCGGAGAUCUCCUCUAUUGUUUUCACAGACGUAACUAUCCUUCUCUAUCCUUACGCAACAAAAUAACCAUUUUAGGCCAAUUAGUUAGAGCACCAAAUAAUUAAGCUAAAGAUAACAUCCAGGCCAAUUACUAUAAUGGCUUAUAGGGCGGAUGAAGAUUACGACUAUCUCUUUAAGGUGGUGCUGAUAGGUGAUUCCGGCGUUGGGAAAUCUAAUUUGCUUUCGCGAUUCACCCGCAAUGAGUUUAGCUCCGAGUCCAAAUCCACCAUCGGUGUCGAGUUCGCCACCCGCACUAUUGAGGUCGAUGAUAAGCUCGCCAAGGCUCAGAUUUGGGACACCGCUGGCCAAGAAAGGUACCGGGCAAUUACGAGUGCUUAUUAUCGAGGAGCGGUGGGGGCAUUGCUUGUCUAUGACAUAACUCGUCAUAUAACGUUCGAUAACGUGGAGAGAUGGCUGAGGGAGCUGCGGGAUCACACAGAUCAGAACAUCGUCGUCAUGCUGGUAGGGAACAAGGCGGAUCUCCGCCACCUGCGAGCCGUAACCACCCCGACUGCACAGGCAUUUGCAGAGAGGGAGAAUACCUUCUUCAUUGAAACCUCUGCACUGGAGGCACUCAAUGUCGAGAUGGCCUUCACCGAGGUGCUGACUCAGAUCUACCGGAUCACCAGCCGGAAGGCCCUCGACAUCGGUGAUGAUCCGAUGGCUCUGCCCCGGGGAAAGGCAAUCAACAUUGGGGAGAGCUCUAAUCCCAGUGGUGGUGGGUGCUGUUCUUCAUAAACAAGGAAGAAAUCCAACCAUGAGAGAAGAAGAGGCAGGAAGAGAAAGUAUGCACUUAACAUUAGACAAUGUAUAGUAGAGCCUACUUAAGAAUCCUCUAUACAAAUGUCAAGAAAGAAGAAUUUGCAGUAGCUCGUCUUUUGUAGUUUUGUAUGAAUUCCAUUAAUAAAUUUUCUAACACUUUUGCAA